AUGUCCACCAUUUGCUAUUUCCUCAUUGUUUACGUCCGUGCCAUUCUGGCUUCGCCAACGAUUGACAGCACCAUGUUAACGCUACCUUUCAGCCCAGGACAGUUGAAGCCCACAUCCCCCUCUCGCAGCAUUCCAGAUACUCAGCUCCUUGCCCAGAGGGUAUUACUCAGUGUGAGCAACGUGCAACCACUCACCGUUGAAUUUGACGUGUUCCGGAACCGUCCUGUCCAUUCCUCUCGAGUUCAUUUUCAGAGUCAUGGGCUGGGCAAACCCCCAGCCAGCGGCAGCAGCACUUGGCAGCUGCCCAGUCACCUGAGUUCCCGUCUGAAGAGGCACACCCAAGGCAUGCAACACCAGGGUCAGUUCUCUGUCUGUGACAAGGAGAAUCGAUGGGUGCUGGACAAAAAGGUGGCCUUGGACAUUCGUGGCCGUAAGGUGGAUGUAUUGUCACAUUUCUACGUGAACGGGACUCUGGUGAGGCAGAUGUUUUAUGAGACCACGUGCAGGAAGAGGAAGCCCACACGGCAGGGCUGUCGGGGCAUCGACCAUCGCCACUGGAGCUCUCACUGUGACACCACUGACAGUCAUGUUCACGCCUUGGUGCUGGACAACAAUCACACUCGGUGGAACUUCAUCCGGAUUAGGACAGCAUGUGUCUGUGUACUCACCAGGAAAACAUGGAUACCAUGA